UGCUUAGUUUCAUCAGCUUAGCCUAAAAUAUUGGGAGUGGCCUUUUUAUCAUGGCCACAAAAAUUCAAACAAACUAGUAGGGUGAAGAUUCUGAUUUGCUGUAGGUUGAAACCUUAAAAAUCUAGGUUUGAUGACCUGGCAUCUCUUGUGAAGAGUGAGAAAUGGAAGAGAAAAGUCAAGGUUUCACUUACUGUUCUGAAAAAAUUCCAAGCAGGACAUUUUAUUGCAGAUCAUCUCCCUUUAGCUCAGACCAGAAAUUAUCUUUUUCUUGCUUUAUCACAAAUCCACAAUAUGGUUGCCUAAUGCAUGCAGACGGCCAUGGUGAAGUAUGGACAGACUGGAAUGAAAUGUCCAAGUUUUUCCAGUAUGGAUGGAGAUGUACGACCAAUGAAAAUUCUUACUCCAACCCUACCUUAAUGGGCAAUUGGAACCAGGAGAGGUAUAGUCUUGAGAAAAUUGUACAACCACAACCUCUACCUUCCAAGUUUGGUCACUAUUUUGAAACAACCUUUGGUGCCAGCUACAGAAAGAAGCUACCUCCAUCCCAAAGUAGAUUUAAAAAAGAACCUCACUGUUUCCCUGGACAUCAAACUGAGCUUAUUCCUCCUCCAUACAAAGCUAGUGCCACAGGAAGGACAGAUUACAUGAUUAAUUAUUCAGGACCUCAGGCCAACAAAGGCCUUGGAUAUCUAUGUGAUCCCACAGAUGAGCUAUCCUAAGGCCCAACCUCUAGGGAGGAAACAAGACAGGCUUCUUUUUUUUAGAGUAGAUUAUAACUGUGAAUAGUGUCUCUAUUCAAUACAUAAGAAUUUUGUUAUCUGUCACAUAGUAUAGUAACUCUUCUGAGAAUAAAAAAUAAAGCCCUUAAGAAUGAGAAGCUAAUUUCUGCUGGGUUUCCUCCCACCUUUCUUAGCCUAAGAAGUCAAUAUUGCCUUUCAGUUAUUGAAAUGUGGGCACAAUACUUAUAUAGGAGUGUGAUAAGAAGAUAAACUCUUUGGCUUCAGGAGAAUGUCAUUGUGCUCUGAUCUAGGACAACUCCAUCUUGCCUCUCAGUGAAUAAUUAAUUCACAAAUUAUUAAAGCUCUAAUAAUCUUC